GUCUUGGCAUCUAUUACAGCCUAACAGCAAACACAUACGUCACCCCCUCAGUACCCCGCCUGUUUCUCUGGAAUUGUAAGAUCUAUAGUAAAAAUGUCGGUACCGCUAAAAGACGAAAUUCGUAUCCAACCCCACGGUUCCCAUUCUGGCCUCAACAAAUUACUAGUCUUUGUGACGCUGGAGGCUCCCAGACGUAAGGACCAAGACUUGCUAUGCUGCUUCUUUGCCAUUCCGGAACACCCCCCACACUUUUAUUCCGAGUCAAAUACAAAAGUUGCGGAUAGCAAUGGAUACUUGAAAGUAUUCUUCAGCACAGCCAAGGAUGGCUCUAUAGAUAUUAGAGUGGGUCGUGAUACUGUUGGAGAUGUAGUCCUCACGCUCGAGGUAACUCCCAGACCCGUCAACCAAUUAACAAGCCCAAGAACUUAUACGGAGCUGCAUAGUGAUCAGGGUGGUCUGAUUGGCGUGGGCCGAUGGUUUCUUCCUCAUAUCCCCUGCCGAGAAAUAUCGACGUGUCAUGUCGAAUGGGAUCUGUCGCUUUCGCCUCCCACAACGAAGGCGUCGUGGAGUUUUGGCGAGGGCGCCGAGCUUACGACGCAGACUGGACCAGAUGACCUUGUUCGAUCCUCAGUGUUUAUGGCCGAAACCGACGAAGCAGAACCACCAGUGAUACACUGCUUUGGCCAGCUCCCGGCCUCGUUGAGGCUCUUGCAGGAGUCAACAGCCCCAAUCUUCUCUUAUGCGAAAUCACUAUUCGAGAGCCCAGAGAGCGUCAUGAAGGUAUAUAUUCGCAAAGUCCCGCGUGGUUUCUCUGGACACAACUUUGCGUGUUGCUUUAUGAUUGAUUACAGCGACUUGGACCAGCCCAGGCAUGAGGCUGAGCUGCUACGGUACAUGUCACAUGAAAUGACACACAACUGGGCAUAUCUGGGCAAUGAUCCAGACGGGUUUCAGAAUACGUGGUUUAUAGAAGGUAUCGCCGAUUUCUAUGCUCUGUAUCUCCCAGUUAUGGCAGGCGUAAAGGGCGUCGAAUACUUUUGCCAGAUCCUCGACGAAUUUUUGACAAUGUACUACACCAGUCCGUAUCUUCACACACCAUUGCGACAGGUACCCAACGAUGCCAACGGCAAUUUAGUGUCGUAUCGGCGUGGCUUCAUGUACUUGUUCCUCUUGGAUGCGCAGCUGCGAGCUGUUGCUGAAUCGAGAGGGUAG